GGUGCUGAUGACGCUUUCGAGAGAUGUGGAGUCGAAGCAAGUCGAAGCUGCCGACUGCUGACGAAAUUUAAAGGAAUUCGUCAAGAUAGAGAGAAAAAAGAAUUCAAACAGAUAGAAUAUACUUGCAUUGUAUUUAAUUUAGUAUGAUUAAUAAAUUGAUACAAGACCAAGUUACGACGAUGUACUCUCGCGUAUUUUAAUUCGGUAGAAUAUUGGCGGGGUUGGUAUUCCUAACCUGCAAUUGCUCACAAGCCCUGUACGUUAAUAUUUUAUUUGUCAAAACGAAAUGGCUAAAAGCACGUGCCUUUUUAAAACGUCAUUAGAACUUUGCCAGUCGAGACGUUCGAGAUUUCUCCGUACGCGUAGCCAAGCGUUAAACGCGAUACGAAAAUUUGCGGACGGCAGACCGGCUAUUAUCCUAGGAAUCGAAACGAGUUGUGAUGAUACGGGAUGCGGAAUCGUAGAUACCACAGGAAAGUUAUUAGGCGAGGCGAUAAAUUCGCAACAUCUUACUCAUUUAAAACACGGUGGCAUAAUACCUACAAUUGCUGGUGAAAUGCAUAGGCAACACAUUACUACAGUUUGUGAGGAUGCACUAAGAUCGGCGAAUUUAAGAUUGAGAGAUAUAGAUGCUAUCGCAACUACAACUAAACCAGGUCUUCCCAUAUCGCUUACCAUUGGAAAUACCUUUGGCAAAUAUCUCUCUAAGAUCGGUAAUAAACCGUACAUACCGAUACAUCAUAUGGAAGCUCAUGCAUUAACUGUACGAAUGGUGCAGAAAGUAGAUUUUCCUUACCUUGUUUUGCUUGUGUCAGGUGGCCACAGUUUACUAGCGAUCGUUGAAAAUGUUGACAAAUUUUACACGCUUGGUACUACAAUAGAUAAUGCACCUGGUGAAAUUUUGGACAAGAUUGCUCGUAGGCUUAAGCUUGCAAACAUACCAGAAUUCUCGCAUAUGAACGGUGGUCAGGCGAUAGAAAGCGCAGCAAGCAAAGCAUCAGAUCCAACUAAAUAUAUUUUCGAGCCUGUCUUAACAAGAAGUAGAAAUUGUCAAUUUAGUUUUGCGGGUGUAGCGAACAAAAGUUUUGCACAUAUCGCUAAGCAAGAAAAAAACUUUGAUGUUGCUGAUAGUAUAGCAAUGCCCGACGUGUACAAUUUCUGCGCCUCCGUGCAACUGUGUGUUACAAAGCACAUAUGUCUCAGAACGCAGAGGGCAAUGGAAUUUAUUAAUAAUAUGAAUUUGAUAUCACAGGAAAAGCGAACUUUGGUGAUAUCCGGUGGAGUGGCUUGCAACAAUUUCCUGGCAAAGGCUUUAGAAAUCGUUUGCUCGGAAAAAGGCUUUAAAUUUGUUAGAACUCCACCCCAUUUGUGCAACGAUAAUGGUGUAAUGAUAGCGUGGAAUGGUGCAGAAAGAUGGAUGGCGAACGCGGGGGUUCUCCGAGAUAGAGAAGAAAUCGAAAUGAUAUCUGUCGAGAAAAACGCGCCAUUCGAGGAAAGUUGGAUUGAGAGAGUGGAGGAUGCAAACAUAAAGUGUAAAUUGGUGAAAUUAAAUAUACUUUGAACAAACGGGAA